UCACGAGGGAACGUUAAUGCGGGACGAACCUUGGGCGGGGGUGGAACUUCAGCCCGGGGGGUGCAGUUACUCUGGCGACGGCGCGCGCCCAGCGGACGGAGGCAACGACGGAACCGGUGGCGAUCGAGGCGGGGGUUGCGGCGGAAGUGGCCUUUCCGCGGCUACGGACCGGGAAGAUGCUGCGUCCGUUGUUAACGGGUCUGUACUUCGGCCUGUGCAGCCUCUUGGUGGGGCUGGCGGAGGCCCCGAACCCCAUAGAUCCGUCCAAGUGGAGCCGGCCGUACGCAGUGCUGCGUGGGCAGAACCUGGUGUUGUUGGGAACCAUUUUCAGCAUCCUGCUGGUGACCGUGAUCCUUAUGGCAUUCUGCGUCUACAAGCCCAUUCGGCGUCGGUGACAGCCAGGCGAACAAGUUCUUCCAUGAGUACUCGGGAACAGGAGAAGUUGUGUUGCACACGGGCCAGUGAGAAGUUGGAAUCAGAACUUCCCUCCUUGGAAAUGACCUUCGGUCUGGACAGUUGGUAAAUGCUGAAUGAUUUAGAAAAAACAUCUGUUAGCAAUUAUUUGUUUCCUAACACUGUAAUGUAAAUAAUCGGCCACUGA